AUGGCCGAGGUACAAGCUGAAGUACGACAAGCCAUGAAAGGAAACUCUAGUUUUGAACAAAACAACGUUGUUUCUAAUAUGAAAUAUCUAAAACUGGUGGAUAAAGAGAUUCUGAGGCUGCACCCUCCAGGUCCGAUGAUACCUAGAUCUAGCAAUGAGAAACAUUUGAUCAACGGAUACACCAUACUCGAUGGAGCGAUGGUGUUGGUAAAUGUACGGGCCAUGCAGAGGGACCCGAGGAAUUGGAAAGAUCCAAAGAAGUUUGAGCCCGAGAGAUUCGAGGAUAAGGCUGUGGAUUUUACGGGUGGUGAUUUUGAGUAUUUGCCGUUUGGAACUGGAAAAAGAAUGUGCCCUCGGAUGACGUUCAACUUGGCUACUGUGGAGUCGGCUCUAGCCCAGAUGCUCCAUGAGACAGAGAAGAGUCCCGACUGA